CAAUAGCAAAACAGUCAAACUCUGAGGAACUAGAAAUUGAUAACAGUUCCGUGAACUCUUCAACAAAGGUUGGAGAGUUUUUUGGAGGCCUGUAAAUAAUGAUAAACAGAAUGUGUUUGUGAAGCACCUUCAUUAGAUAUUCAAAAGAUAAGUACUGACCAAAUGACGCUUGCAUUGAUAGACAUCUUUAAAUAGAGCAGCUACACUUGCACCUCUCCGAACAGUCCUGCAGACACUUAUAAAAGUAAAGUUAGGAGGGGCUGUUUCAUGGGACUUUUGCACUGCAGCUGGCUACUAGCCAUGUAACAUUUAGAAACAUAAAAUCCAGGUUGUUUGUGGUUGAAGUGGUUAAGUCAUUGAUCAGAAAUUGAUAGCUUAAUUUUUGUCUCUACAGCGAUCUUAGUUUGAUGUAUAAUAGGCCGCAGAUUGGAUGGGUCAGCCAUAUGGCUUGAGAAGGCCUUAAAAUUUCCAUCACAAGAUAAAACAGAAACAUAGAAAGCUACAGGCACACUGGGUUCUGGUGAGCGGGGCUCUGGCUGGUGUUUCCGGCGGCUGAAAUAUGUUGUCCUGGCUUCCCUGGCUGUUUUUACAGAAAGUCGUCCUCGGGCACUGAAUCUUGGAGCUGUUCUGAUUCAUCACAGUCUGUCUGUGAUGAACUCUGUGGGCAGGGCUCAGCCGGGAUGUUCAUGAGCAGUGUUUGUUUUGCCUGCGUGGUGUUAUCAGUGUCAUUGUGGGAUGUGUCAACCACAUAAUGACUCAGAAGCUGAUAUGAAGUCAUGUGAUCACUGAUAUUUUGUUCAGGUGUGUGUGUGCCAUUCAGGUUGAGUGGUUUGCCACACACUACUGAAGGAAAAUUAGAUAUUGUACUUUAGCACUCUUACACCAAGUUUGUUUGGGUGGAGGCCAUACCAUUUAAACAGUUGUCUAGGGCCCCAGGAAAGAUUAAAGUUGUUGAUGAAGCUCAUUCCUUUAUACUGCAGGUUCUUUGUAGCCAUGUAUUCAUCCCAAGUAACCGCAAAAACAUGUUGGUUCCCCUUUCUGGGAGUAUUCCACUGAUGAGUCUUCAAAGUGUUUCAAAGACUUCUCUAAAAUCUGUCUUAAGGAGUUCUGACUGCUCUUUCCAAAUAUCAUUCUUCCCCACAUGGAUUAUGAUUCCAUUUGUAGUCUUGUGCUUCAUGAGAAUUUUCUGAAGUUCCUUGUUCACAUCAGAGAUGGUAGCUUAAGGAAAACAGCAUGUAGUAGUAGUAGUCCUGCUUCUGAUGUUUCUGAAAAUGAGGUCGCCCACUAUCAGAGUCUUGGGCUUUGCUGCGCUCAGCUGAAUGCUGCUGUCUGCUUAAUGUUGAACGCUUGUUAGUCGCAAUGUUAGUUGCUGGCUGAUAAGAUCAAUGUUCACUCAAAUUUGGGGAUUCCUCACCCCAUUCAUAAAUGUUUCAAAUCUGUUGUCAAGAUGUAUAGGGGGUGGUAGAUUACCAGAGUUUGCAAGCCUUGUCAUAACCGUAUCUGGGGUAGAGGAUGCUACCUCAGCAAUAUGAGAUACCUGUGUCAAUCUGAUGUCUCAAGUGCCUUGGGUCUCGCUCCUUGUUUGUGCCAUCGAUUAGUUUGUGGAUCAGUUUUGGCUUGUUCCUCUUCACUUAGUAUUAACUGUUGAGAUUCACUAGAUUCACAGUACCUCACUGGCUGUAUGCUGAGGGGAUCUGUGACAACGGUCUGCUGAGUGUUCUUCCUGUUUUGAAAGUCCAACAAGUAACUUUGUUUCAAGAACUGCAAUCCUUUGUGGAAGUUUAUGGCAGGUCAUGCAAGAGGCAUUUUCUUUCUCAUCUGUUUGAAUGAAGGCAGCUGGGUUUUCCCACCUCCGUAAUGCAAGCUGCUGGCAGUGGGAGACAAAGAGUCUUCUCUUUCGCAGUAUCAAAAUAUUAGUAUUUUAGAAUCUUAGAAAAAAAAAAUCGGAGAAAAGUACAUGAACAGAGAGCAAAGCAUGGAGAAGUUAGCAAAAGAGAUUCCGAACAGUAGCAAAGCCAGAAGCAUUAACAUUUACAAUCAGUGCUUGAAGUGGGUAAUGCAGAAUCUUCAAUAUUUUAGUCUUUAGCGUACUGGCACUUUUUUGUGCGUACCGGCACUUCUGACAUGUUGCCAGUACAGAGUGCAGCCACUUCUUUUUUUCCACUUCAAACAUGGUUUACAAUUAAAUAGUAGCACUUACUACCUUCUCAGAUGUGUAACAGCUUGUACAUGUCUCAGGAUGUAAAUAAAUAACAAUAAGAAUUUAUAAGUACUAAUAAACCAAUAUGUUAUGACUGUCUGCAUCUCUUAAUCCUACACCAUACCUAAAUUUAAUUACCUUAGAAACUGAUAAUAAGCAGUACUUAGGAGUUUGAGGCAAAAGUGGUAUAUAGUUAAUUAAUAAUAAGAAUUGGUUCCCGAACUAAAAGUGUGACAUUAUUAAAUACAUUCUACACUUUUGACUUACUAAAAAAUAUAAAGAUGACUCAGAAAGCAACGCAAAAAUCUGUACGUUUUCACAAUGAUGAAACUGGUUUCCCUUUCCUCUUCAAACUUCAAGGUGGAGUCAAAACACUGCUUAAAAUUUUCACAUGCCAUGAUUUCUUUAUGCUCAGAGACUAUCUGGCUUUCUAACCAGUCACUAUUUUUAUUUUUUACUUUUUAAUAAUGUUAGGUUUUAAGUAUGCUCAUGUUGUUCUCUUGUUUCUUAUCACCCCUUCUAUAACUGCACAAGGGGGUAUUGUUUAUAUCCACAGAGUAAGAAAUUCAUCCAUUGACAUUUCCUGUGAAUCGGCAAAAAAAGAAGAAAACCCAUUUGCCUUUUCGCUGAACCGCAGGUUGCUGCAGUCCAGACAAGUGAUGUAUCUUUCUAAGGGAGCCCAACCUUUUAUCAAUAAAUCUGAGGACAAGGAUCGCAUCACUGUACGUGAUGAGCUGGACAACCACACAGUUCAUCUGACAAUCUCAAACUUGCAAGGACAGGACACAGACGUGUACCACUGUGAAUUCCAUUAUGAUGAUCUUCCAUAUGAUAAGAAUGUUCCUGGCAAGAUGGAGUUCUUCAUCUACAUUGAAGACCUCUCUCAUGAUCCUUGUUAUUGUUCAAGUUACCUGCCGUUGCUGUAUGUGAUCUCUGGAGCUGCAUGUUUGCUGGGUGUUCUGGUUUUCACUCUCCUUUCAGCUUACUGUUGUAAAUGGCCUAACCGUAGCAAGCCACAGCCUGUAGUUCCUGUUUAUGAAGAGAUGACUGGGGUGCGGUCCACCAAACAAAAAGCCACAAGCUGUCAUACUGAUAUUGCAAAACUGGAGGAAGCAAACAGCUCUGUGGCCCAUUUGUUCAGCAAUGAAAACCUUUAUGUCAAUUGAUUUAACAAAAUGUGUUGACUGGGAUGUGAUGAAGUGCUGAUGUUUAUCAUGAUGCUCCAGCUCACCCACACAACCUUUCGGAAUCAUCAGCUUGUUUGUUAGCAUAAAGUUUGUUUCAUCUUUCAUCUAUAUACCUUCAUGUUAAUGGUAUUUCACAACAUAUAAUUGUAAUGCUACAAACACAGAAUGGCAGCUUAAAGCAUUUUGAUAGAGAAAUUAUCAGAUUUUUUGGCUGUAGUACAAAAUAGUUCUGAUAAAAGAUGCGUUUUGUGAUAUACUGGCAACAGUGUUUUUCUCACUGUCUGCACAUUCUCUGCAUUAAAAAAAUAGUUUUGUGAUUUCACAAAAAUACAUUGUUGAGGGACCUGUUUAUUGAAAUUUUGUAAAAAGCGGAAACUGACAAGACUUUAACAGCAUUGUUCUGUUGACAUUUGUCAAAUAUUAAAGCAUGCAAAUAACACAAGAUUGUUUCCACAGCUUUGCAUUUACACAAGCAGAAGAUUUGACUUCCUGUCUUCUCUCACACUUGGAUGAUUUCGGACUGAAAACAGUCCAUCAGACGUUUUGAGACAAAAGCGAGAGCAAAGUGUUGCAUUUGUUGACUUUGAAUAUGAAUGCUAUAUGUUUUUAUUCACUUUGUAACAAAUAAAUAUUUCUCUCAUUUAC